GCCUCCUCCGCCCCCUCCAUGCUUCUGAGUCCCUGCCCUCCCAUGCAAGAUGACGAAGUACAUCCCCAACGCAAAGAAGGGAAGCUUGUUAUUGCUGGUGAGCAGCCUGGCUCAGGCAGGCGGCAUCUGGACGUGCUGCUGCUACCUUUGUUACAUUAGACCGGCACAAUGCUGAAUGUGGCCCCUGCAGACAGGCAGCACCCAGGAGCUGUUGAUUUCAUAGACAUGUGCGAGUCAAUACUGGAGCGGAAAAGACACGACAGCGAGAGGUCCACCUGCAGCACCUUGGAGCAGAAUGACUUCGAGGCGGUCGAGGCGCUGGUGUGCAUGAGCUCGUGGGGGCAGAGGUGCCACAGGGGGGACACCCUGAAGAUGAGACCCCUCACGCCUGCUUCAGACUCCUCAGAUUUCUCCAUGACGUGCGAAUCGACUGUACAGAUGCCGAAAGAUUACCACUCGUUCUCUACACUGUGCAUGACUCCACCACACAGCCCGGAUUUUGGAGAGCCCUCCACAACGCUCCCGCCUGCCUCCCAGGUGACGUAUUCCAAAGCCGUCACGGUCACGUCGGGCAGCUUGGGCUGUACCGUCACCUCUUCGGAUAUUUUCAAGCCGUUGGCAUCAGGUGUCCUCAGAGCGUCUUCUCACGGCCCAGAAAUGCCAGAAAGUGCCCGGCCCUGCAGGGCAAUGGCGACAAGCGUCAUACGUCACACGGCGGACAGCCGCUUUUUCCAACACAUUCCAGAGACUCCUGUGAUAAUAAAGGUAGAGUCGGAUGAAAGCGCCCCCUGUGGACACCAACAUUCCAGACCUUCCAAGGAGAUACAUGCCCCCGCGAGCCGUUCAAGGAACUCCCCACCACCGCACCUUCCUCGUCCUGAUAAUUCCUGUUCUAAUAGAAACAGAGACAGCCAACAGCCGGUCAGUGCCGAGACACAACUACUAAUAAAAUGCGAACGUGAUUACACGAGUGACACUCAGCCUUUGGUUUCUGUUCCUGUUUCUCACGCCCCGGUUCUCUGUCAGAUGAUUCCAGUCAGUGGACAAACGAGCGUCAUUUCUGCUUUUAUUAAGCCCCCUGCUCAGCAUGUUUCUGGUGCUGUGAAGCCAAUCCUACCCCAAUCGACGCAGGUUCCUCCGCCGGUCCUCAUGGGAGCUCCGGUGUCUCAGGGAGCUGUAAUGUUCGUACUGCCCCAAUCCCCCAUCACACACCCGCCUCAGCAGUGUACACAGACUCUCAUGACCGUAGGGAACACAAAAUUGCUGCCUCUUGCACCGGCCCCGGUAUUUAUCACCGCUGGGCAAAGCAGCCCGCCACAGAUGGACUUUUCCAGAAGACGGAAUUACGUGUGCAACUUCACUGGCUGCAGGAAAACCUACUUCAAAAGCUCCCACCUCAAAGCACAUCUCCGCACACAUACAGGCGAAAAACCUUUUAGCUGUAACUGGGAAGGUUGCGAUAAGAAAUUUGCAAGGUCAGAUGAACUCUCACGACACAGAAGGACCCACACGGGCGAAAAGAAAUUUGCUUGCCCCGUGUGCGACCGUAGAUUUAUGCGUAGCGACCACCUAACGAAGCACGCCCGGCGGCACAUGAGCACAAAGAAAGUUCCUACGUGGCAGGCGGACGUCGGUAAAUUGAGCAAAAUCGCUUCCCCCGACACAUCUAGAAGCGGAGGCCCUUCCCUCGGCAUGCUGGUGUCCAUGCCUGCCUCCGUUUGAGAAGUGGGCGCAUGUGGUUGCACUGGUCAAAAAUGAUCUUUUCGAUACACGUUAUGAAGAAUUAUUGACGUCGAAAGGAAA